CUGAUCACUCAAAUCCACCACUAUGGACACGCUGGCUCCUCCUAGAUAUAUCCCAUGGUCAAGUCUAGGCAAACCAGGUCCAGCAAUAGUCUCAUUGAUAUCAGGGUUUGUUGGUCUUGGGUGCUUCAGCAUGAUGGUCAUAUUGUCAACUCAGAUGAUUAUCGGCAACCGAAUACGAAUUGGCCUAAAGCUACCUCUUAUAAUCCUAAACAUGUGUGCAUGCAUGCUACAGUUUCUUGAAUUCUUCUAUCUUUAUGAGUUUCCGCCACAUGGUAGAGGGGUACCAUAUAUUUUCAUUCCUUUUAUGGUUACUCUGAUGAUGGGUGGAGUUUUUUGGAUGCAGCUUGAGAUUCGAUUCGUCUUUAGUGCAAUGUUUGAUACUGGAUCCAAUGCCAUUGCUAUUUGGACACCAAAUUCAAAGUUGUGGGCUCGAGUCUUGCUGAUUCUCAUACAUAUAUUUCUGUGUUGGCCUGCCUACUAUCUUAGACCUAAUAUAGCAUGGAUUAACUGGUGGUACUUUAUUGGUCCAGCAACACAAGGUGCUCUAAUCUCAAUCAUUAGUUUUUAUCAAGCUAUUGUUAUUAAUCUUCGCCUAGCCUAUCGAAGAAAGUCAGAAUCUGAAUACUACCCAUUGCGGCGGAUCCAUAUGGCAUUGAUGUUUUUGUUAAUAGCAACUUUUAUAGUAAACCUUGGUGGCAUAGCAGGGUUUUCGUUGGAAUUAUUCCUUGGUCAGGACACACGGAUAGAAAUGCAGCAGAUUGUCGCACUUGGAUUUCAGAUCCCUGUUGUUUCUCUCGGCAUGGAAAUCAUGUGCGAGUCCAUUACACUGCUUAUAAUGAUCCACUUGGUUACAAUAAAACGCGUCCUGAAUGCUGCUCCACGGCAUGAAGAAACUGCUGCUCCUGAAGCAAACAGUCUUCACUCCCGACCAAUGCCCGUCAUUGUCAUGCCGUCUUUCAUGGCAGGUCCACUACACUCUGAUUCUACAGAGAUUGGUGGAGAACCCUAUGACAUGUGGUCUAAGCCAGCGCAUGCCAACGUUCUUUCUUCGUGGGAUUAAUUUUAGCCUACAACAUAACCUGUAAGACACUAUUUACAUCAAACUUCAACUAUUGAUACUAGACAGGGUCUGAUUGAAUAAUCAGCGAUAAAAUAAAAUUUUACAUAUGAACGC